AGGCGGCGCCGAUCCUCGCUGCGUUUUUGCCUCUCUCUCCGUCCCGCCCCCCAGAGAAUGAAGUACCUCCUCAACUUCCUGGGCGACGUCCCAGAUGCACCAAACCUCGCAGACCCCGCCUUCCAACAGCUCCUCGUCGACGUGCAGUCGGUCAAGGGCGCAGUAAAGAUAUCCGCAGAUGCCUUCUACGAGAGCUUGGAGAACAUCGUCAACGAACUCAAGACCAGCCCAGAGUCUAUACCAUUUCAAAAACCGGUAUCCAAAAGGGAAGCUCCGGACUACUACGAUGUCAUCAAGCGGCCCAUGGACCUCUCCACAAUCUUGCGCAACGCCAAAGCCAGGAAAUACAAGAGCAAGGCCGAGUUUGCAGCAGACCUCGACUUGAUAUGGAAGAACUGUUUCGAAUACAACAGUCAAGAGUCACAUCCACUUCGGGCGGCUGCUCGAUUCAUGAAACAAAAAGCAGACCACCACCUCGAAUACCUUGCAGAUCGCGCAGAGCGUAACAAGCAACUGCAGUCGUUUUUACCCUCCGCGACGGGGACCGCUUCUCCGUCUCUGAGCGCUAUUGGACACUCUGCUCUCGGCGGAUCCGGGUUGACCAUCCUGUUAGGAUCGAGACUGAGAGACGAGGGUCUGGGAGGAGAUGAAGAUGCAGCCGGAGAAAGCGAUGAUGCCUUUGGGGAAGGAGAUGCAGAGGGCGAGGUUGACAGAGAAGGAAAUGAUGUUUUGGAUGUGAGAAGCCAGGAUUUUCGUGAAGGGGGUGCGGAGACGAGAGGUGAGAGAGGAGAAACACCUAGCCGAGGUAAGGACGAAAGAGGUCGAGGGACCAGCGUAGCCUCGUCAUCUCGAAUGAACGGGCGGCCGAACGGUACCAACCGACGCAGUCCUUCUGCAAAGAGGCCACCACUUACUACCAACCUCGACAACGUUCCCGCUCUCCUUCGCACCCCCUACACCAUCCCCUCUCUCUCAUCCUUAUCCCUCGCGCAUGCCGGCCCUUCCUUUUCUGAUAAAGGCAAAGCCCGAGAAUCACUCUCCGGCUACCCUGCCCCUGCGUGGUAUCCCGCGCCUCCUGCUACUGCUGCUGCUGCUGCUGCUGCUGCAAGUUUUCAAGAGGCGGGAGACGAUGACGAAAGUACGCUGGAGGGAUCUUGGUGGGGGAAGAUGAUGGAUGAUGAAACGCUCGUCGCCGGCAUGCCCGCUAUUCCAAAGAUGUCACCGCCUGAACCGGUCAGGCGAUGUAGACCUAAACCACCACCACCGGCAAUACCACCAGCGAUACCGCCCGCAAUCCCACCACCGUUACCCAACGGCUUCGCCAGUGGAGCCCAGAGUCCUCCUCCUGGCUUGUCAUCGUCGUCUACCGCCACCACCACCGCCACCGCCGCCAAACCGCAUGACCAUACAAAGGACGGUCCGUCGGACAGGACGGUAUCGGUAUCCGUCAAGGCCGUCGUUCGCCGCACGAUCAACAAUCUGAAUGCAGCACGCCAGGCAAUGCACCGUAUCACCGAGUUUCAACGCAUAGAGGCCGAGGGCGGUAUCCUCCCCCCGCGUGGACUGUCGCCUACACCGGCGGAAAAGGAAAAAGAACACGAAGAACAAGCUGAACGGCGGGAUUUCCGACGGAUUGAAAACAGGGCCGCGCGCGAAAGAAGGAAGGAGGGCGGGGAGGUGGGCCAGGAGGAAGCGGUCAGGAUUAUGAAAAAGUGUUCGGCCGGAAUGCUGGCACAUGCGGGAUUCGAGGGCGCGAACGAGACCGCACUCGAUCUUUUCACCAGGGUCGCAGUCGAUCACCUGGAUGGCUUGGGCAAGACGUUUAGAUUGCUGUUGGAUGGGUUUUCCCACAAGAUGACUCCCGAGGAAAUCAUUCUACACGCCCUCCAUGAAAACGGUCAGGUUCAACCGAGGGAUCUGGAAGCUCAUCUUAAAGAUGAUAUCGAGCGAGAAGAUGUUAAAAUUGCAGAGGUGCAGCGUAAAAUGCGUCAGACAUUCUAUGAAGUGGCGACUGCCCCCGUUAUUCAAGACGAUAUGAUGUUUGCAGAUGACGGCGAAAUGCUGCUCGACGGUAACUUUGCGGAUGAGCUCGGAGAGGAUUUCCUCGGUCUGCGAGAACUUGGUAUAGAUCGUGAAUAUGGCUUGGCGUCUCUCACCGUCCCGCAAUCCUUGUUCUAUGGCAAGCGAAAGCGUUUGGCCAACUCGGCAAACGGAGCUUCCGGCAAAUCUGACCUCCCUUAUCCUCCUCCACCAUCUUUCAUCCCUCUCGCGGCGGCAACACUUUCCACCCACGUACCAGCCCUUCUCCAUGCUUUUUACGCUGCCCGAAUCGAAGCAGGUCUCUCGCUGGACGAAGACGACGCGUUUGAACCUGCCCAUUCUCAGAUCGGAAGUCUGGGACAGAUUUUGAUAAAGGGGAAAAUGGGGGAUGGUAAAGGCGAUGGGAAAGGAAAAGGUAAGAAGCGCGAGAGGGGGGAAGGUGAAGAUGAGAAUGGUGAAAGAAAAAAGUCGGGCAAAAAACAACCUGGAGUUGGUAAAGGUAACUGGACUCGCCCAUCCAAGGAAGAAAAGGCUCGUCUUGCAGGUGAGAAGAAUGCGGCGAAAGGCGAGACGGCUGCUGUCGCGGGAGACGAGGAUGCCGUCGGAGAGGAAGAAGAUGCAGAAGGUGAAGAAGAGUGAUGUAGGGGGCCGGGCUUUCUCGUAUGCUCAAUUCAUCUACCGGGUGUCUAUACUCGAUCAAUGCCAUUUAUGAUAUCAUAGCAUCAUGCAUCACCUGUUGCAUUGAGGAUGGAUUUGUUAUAUUAUGGCACAAAGGCCUUUACUCGUAGUGCUGCGAAAC